GAUCCUAACAAAGGCGUUACUCUUUUUGAAUAGUUUAAUUAACAUAAAAGCUGAUAACUUUUUUAUAAGUAAAAAUUAAGGGGGUUGGUGAAGCAGACGAGGACGAAGCACAAGAGGCGUGUUAAACGCUCAUUCCUCUGUUUAGAAUCAGAUUAGGAUUCCUUUUUUUUUUUUUCCAUUAGUUGUGCUUCAGAAUUCUUCUUUACAAAUCUAUUGAUCGAACAGUUGGUUGGACCCUAACUGCGGAAAUGGGAUCGUUCGGGAUGCUUUCGAGGAGAACAUUGGGCACUGAUACCCCCGUCAUGACUCAGAUUCGGAAAUUAAUGGCGGAAUUGACAAACCCCAUGUCUCUUGCUCAGCCUCCUAAAAAGGCCUUGGACAAGGUCAAGGACAUUGUCUGGGAUCCUAUUGUUAGUUCUUAUGGUCCCGACGAAGGUAUUCCCGAGCUUAGACACGCUCUUCAGAUUAAGCUGCGUCAAGAAAACAAGCUAACUGAAUCAGCAGUGAUGGUCACCGCUGGUGCCAAUCAGGCGUUUGUGAAUCUUGUUCUUGCACUUUGCGAUCCUGGUGAUUCGGUUGUCAUGUUCCAGCCCUACUACUUCAAUGCCUACAUGGCCUUCCAGAUGACUGGUGUUACCAACAUCAUCGUUGGUCCUGGCCAUCCUGAUACUCUCUACCCCGACGCAGACUGGUUAGAGAAGACGCUCUCUGAGUCUAAACCCACCCCAAAAGUUGUAACUGUUGUGAAUCCUGGUAACCCAAGCGGCACCUAUGUCCCUGAACCGCUUCUCAAGAGGAUUUCAAAGAUAUGCAAAGAUGCAGGGUGUUGGCUGAUUGUAGAUAACACAUACGAGUAUUUCAUGUAUGACGGUUUAAAACAUUGCUGCGUUGAAGGAGACAACAUAGUUAACGUCUUCUCCUUCUCCAAAACCUAUGGCAUGAUGGGUUGGAGGCUUGGAUAUAUAGCUUACUCAGAGAGACUAGAUGGGUUUGCGGCAGAGCUCUUGAAAAUUCAAGACAACAUCCCAAUCUGUGCCUCCAUAAUAUCUCAGCGCCUGGCUUUAUACGCACUAGAGGAGGGUGCUGGGUGGAUAACAGAGCGGGUAAAGGGUCUGGUGAAGAACAGGGAGAUUGUUAAAGAGGCCCUUGAGCCGCUGGGGAAGGAGAACGUGAAGGGAGGAGAAGGAGCGAUAUACUUGUGGGCAAAACUACCGGAGGAACAUGGAGAUGAUUUCAAGGUGGUGAGGUGGCUGGCUCACCGUCAUGGAGUGGUGGUGAUCCCGGGGAGUGCAAGUGGUGGUUCAGGGUAUGUCAGGGUGUCGUUUGGAGGGUUGAAGGAGGAAGAAAUGAGAGCUGCUGCGGGGAGGCUGAGGAAAGGAUUAGAGGAGCUGGUUCACCUUGGAAUGGUGGAGUGAAUUGUUUGUUAAGAAAAGAUGGUUUACUUUGCGUGUUACUGAAAUUAUUAUAGUUUUUUUAAGACUACAACUAAUAAAGAGUGUUUCUAUAUCUGAUUCAAAGUCAUUUUGUAUUGGGAAACUAAUUAAAUGGUGUGUUCCCUUUGGUGUGUAUAUACACUCUCUUUACUUAUUAAAAUGAGUUUUCCAUUCGCGUAA